AUGAAUAGAUAUAUAUAUGCAUAUACGUGUCGAUAUUUCAACGGAGAUAUUUAUGAAGACCCCGAAGAAACAAUUAAUGUGAUAUGGCAACUAUCACCAAUUUUAGGCAAUAACGAAAACAUUAUUUAUGAAAAUGUAUCUCAAGCUAUUGUAGCAAGUAGUAAUGUUAUUCUUCAGAAUCCACAAUAUAGUCAACCACCAGAAUUUUUAAAUUUAAUUCUAAAUGAUGUUAUUUAUUUACUUUCAUCUUUGGAAAAUAUUCUUUCUUCACUUUCUGAUCUUUAUAAUCUCUUUCACCUAGCAAGUCAGAAUCUUAAUCUAGAAAGUGUAUAUAUGAAUUCAAUUGGACAACGAAAUAAGGAAGAAAUGGAUGAAUUAAUUAUUUUAAAAGUUCUGAAAAGUCAAGUUGAAAUUGAGAAAGAAAAAAGAAUUAAAGAAUUAGAAAUGUAUAAUAAAGAUAAAGAUAAUAUUGAAGAAUUAAUAAUAAGAAGGGGUAAAAAAGAUGAGAAAAAUUUGGAUAAUAAUAAUUUAAUUACUGAGAUAUAA